GAAUUCGCUAUUUAUCAAUCGUCUCCCUUUCACCAAGGCUUCCUACAGUGUAUGAUGGAAGAAGGGAAGGAACAACAGAGUGCAAAAAUGAAGAUUGCAGUAGGACCAUGGGGAGGUAAUGGUGGAACGAGUUGGGAUGACGGAUGUUACAGCGGAGUAAGAGAGAUAAAGCUUGUUUAUGAUCGAUGCAUCGAUUCGAUUUCUGUGGUGUAUGACAAGCAUGGUAAGCUUGUUAAGUCACAGAAACAUGGAGGCAAUGGAGGAACCAUCACAGUUGAGAUAAAGCUGAUUUAUCCAGAGGAGUACUUGAUCAGUGUUAGCGGUUAUUACUCGCCUGUAGUACAAGGCAUGACUCCUGUUGUUAGAUCAUUGUCGUUUAAGAGCAACCGGAGAAGCUUUGGACCCUUCGGCGUAGAAGAAGGAACCCCAUUUUACUUCCCAGUGGAGGGUGGAAGAAUCAUUGGCUUCAAAGGAAGAAGUGGUUGGUAUCUUGACUCUAUUGGGUUUUAUGUUUCUCGAGUCCACUCCAAAACAAUCACUAAGAGAGUUCAAAGAUGGCUUCAGAAAUCACUAGAACCGAAAACAAGUAAAGAAUGUCGUCCUCUCAAAGCAGCAAAGUAAUGCCUGUGUGAUCUAGAAUCGAUGGUGGCUUCAGAUAGCCGUCCUCUGCAAUUAUAACUGUGUUCAUGUAAUAGGUUUCAGAUUAUCAUUAAUGUACUAAUGUACUAUUUAGUCUUUAGAUGAUUGUGUUUAUAUAGCUUUAAGAUUACUAUUAGUGUAUUAAUGUAGUGAUGUUGUGUUUA